CACCAGGACAAGCAGCUGAGGAAUCCCUGCGGCUCACUCUGCGCUGUGCUGCCGUCCUCAGGAGGACAGGUUUUGAUGACCUAGUCUGAUUACAGCAUCUUUGACAGCUUUAAAGGAAUUUGCUCGAGGGAAGGCGACAGCUGCUGCUCUGAUGAAGGAUUUUUCUGAGCAGGCCUCCCAAGCAAGACGUGUCAGGAUGAGACGCAGCCUUCGCUUUUCAUCACGACCAACAGGUUGUUAAACUGCAAUCAAAAGCACUUAGUAGGAAUGAAUCUGUCUCUAUUAUGAGAUUUGAACUCCUGACAUCUUCAUCCACUGGAACAUGAGUGCCCAGGACACAACAGAGAGGGGAUUUUGAGAUCAUUUUUCAAGCCCUGUGGCUGUGAGCCAGUUGCAGCAUGAGGAAAAGCCCUCCAACACCCCAAUGUACAGGAAAGAGAAGACAGAUGACAGUAGCUGCCCUCCUUCAAUACUGAGGAAAAGGCCACCCGUGGACCAGGCUGUGGGGGAAAAGAGGAAAGCAGAGAGAAGGGUUCGAUUUCGUGAGCCAGAAGAAGUCAUUGAACAUGUUAUUUCCUGCUGUGACUACGUAGUGGUACAUGACAGGUCAUCACCUGGAUUGCCUAUGCUCCUGGGGCUAUCAUUCUGUGUGGUACUGAUCCUGGCUGCAAGUCUCUUCUACGCCAGCAUGAAACAAGAUACCAAAGUCCUGGAGGAGUUUCAAUCCCGACUUGUUAUCUUCUUUCUUCAGAUAAGACACAUUGCUCAUAAAUGCUGGACUUGGUUUACAAGGUAGUAGCGAUGUCCUCCAUUUGCAGGAAGGCAGCACUGAUAACCACCACAUGUCAGAGUGAAUGUCCCAGCCCACAUUUAAGGAACACAUGAGCAUCCACCUUGAAGAGCAAAAAAAAAAAAAAAAAAAAAAAACACCACCCAUUUUGUGCACUUUCUAGUAUCUACUUUUUUUUUUUUAUUUAAUAUUUCUGAAUGAUAGUAGUAGCACUACUGUCCCACCAAUCUGAUGCUCCAUUAUCCUUAACAGCAAACGAGGGUCUGAAUUUUGUCCCCCGAAGAGAUUAUGAACUGCUGCUAUGAGGAGCAAGGCCAGAGAGAAAUUUAUUGACCUGUGCAUGCAGAAGCACAUUGAAAGAAGUCUCCUGAGUCUCAGGUCAAAGAAUUAAAUACCAAACCAUUUUUCUCCUCAAGCCUCCUAAGAACUAGUCCGCAAAAUUUAACAUAAAGCUGAACUACUGCACAAACACUGCUCUGGUGGCCAAAGUCUUGGCAAGCUGCUAUAUUUAUAUACCUGAAAUGACUGCUAGUAGAAUAUCAGCAAAUGGUUUUCUCAUUUCCCUUUAUGCUCCCUCCCCCCCGUGGGCAAAAGCAGUUUUUUAAUGUUUCACUUGACUCCUAGGUGUGAAAAAUAACAUGAAAACUCAUUUAAAUACUAAACAGUGCAAUUGCCUAACACAAUACAGAGCAGCAUUGAAUCCCAAGUUAAUUACCAAAUCAGAACUUAAUCCUCUAGGUUUGAUUCCAUUCAUAAACCCAAAAUUUAUGGUUGUGUUUAUCUUCAGUGGAAGCUUUCACAUUUAUGCCUGCAUGCUUAAGGGUAUUAUAGACUGUUCAUGAAGGUGUUUGGUCAAAGCCCUGUUAUCCUCUGUUGUAGUACCAUACAGUGCACCUCUCUGGAGGGAACCAAGCAUAUGCAAUCUUAUGAGCUUCAGCUAUGUUUUGUUCUUAGAAUCACAGAAUUGCUCAGGUUGGAAAAGACCUUCAAGAUGAAGUCAACCAUAGACAGAAACAGCAUGAUUAUUUUCCAGGCCCUAGGUUCUUGUCAAGUAAUACUUGAUACAUGUAUAAGGGUGAUGGUGACAGCAGAGCCCAUAAAAGCUGAAGAAAGAAAACUGUGGAGAAGAGGGAAGAGAUGCCCACAAGACCUUGGCUUUAACUCCUCCACCUCAGUAAUGCAUCAAAAAGAAAAAGCUUUAUUCCUAAUUGACUUUCAAAAAAAAAAAAAAAAGCAAGCUUAUCCAGGCAGCCCAAAAAUUUAAACCAGACAGAAGGUAGAAGAAAACCAAUUACAGAGCCUUCACACAGAGCAGAGUGGCAAGUUGACAAAUAACGAGUACCAAAAAAAUAUAUAUAUUUGUAGCUAUUAAGAACUGACUUGGGCAGAUAUUCUCAUGCUGUGAAGGCAGAAGCAAUUGCACCUGGGGAGCUGCUGGUCUGGAACACAGAGGGCACUGCAGGAGCAUUUGGCUCAGUGACUCUAUGCAAAAGACUCAUGCACCCCAGCUCACAGGAUAAGUCCCCUGCGGCUUCCCUGCCUUCCCUCCACUCACCCCACUGUUGGGAUAAUAAAGAAGCAGCUUUAAACUUA